CACUAACAAGGCAAUCCCCAAUGUCCGGAUAUGAUGCGGGAACAACUUUCCUUUACCUUCACCCCGUUGCUACAUCGGGCACUCUUUGUACGUGUUCUCGUCAUCAAAGCCUCUAUAAAUAAAUCAUUGAUGGUCUGGUCUGGUCUCGUCAGGGUGGAGAUGAUCUUCCAGGUGUGGAUCACCGAUCUGUUGGAGAGAGGCAUCCCGCUGAGUCAGCCCUACAAGCUGGAGGAGCUCCUCACGUCAGACGUGGAGAUCAGCAAAUCUGUACGUUCAACGACGACGACUUUCUGAAACAGCUGGAGAUGGCCAUAAAGUACGGCUUCCCCUUCCUGUUUGUCGACGUGGACGAGUACAUCGAUCCCGUCAUUGACAAUGUGCUGCAAAAGAACAUUACAGGCGGCCAGGGGAGAGAAGUGGUGCUGCUGGGCGACAAAGAAGUAGACUACGACAAAAACUUCCGGCUCUACCUCAACACCAAAAUCGCCAACCCAAAGCUGGGCCCGGAAGUGUUCGGGAAAGCCAUGGUGAUCAACUACACCGUCACUCUCACGGGUCUGGAGGACCAGCUGCUCAGUGUGAUCGUGGGCUACGAGAAGAAGGAGCUGGAGGAGCAGCGUCAGAGUCUUAUACAAGAAACCAGCGCCAACAAGAAGCUCCUGUACGAGCUAGAGGACUCCCUGCUGCGCGAGCUGGCCCAGUCUAAGGGCAACAUGCUGGACAAUGUGGACCUGGUGGAGACGCUCGAGUCCACCAAGACGAAGGCCAGCGAGGUGUCCAGUAAACUAGAGCUGGCCUCCAAAACUGCCGUGGACAUCGAGAAAACACGAGACGGAUACCGCCCUGCAGCAAUGCGAGGCGCCAUCUUGUUCUUUGUCCUGGCUGAGAUGUCUGUCGUCAACACAAUGUACCAGUACUCACUGGAAGCGUUCCUGGACGUGUUCACCUUCUCUCUACGCCGCAGUCUGCCCGACACCGUGCUCCGGAAGCGACUCAACAACAUCAUGGAAGCGCUCACCAUGAACAUCUACUACUACGGCUGUACUGACCCGUACUGGCUCUUCCGGCCUGACACGUCCGCUUUUAAUGGGAACACAUCCCUCCAGAAGAGCGAGGUCGAAAAACCGUUCUCGUGGAUCCCUGACGUGUCGUGGGAGGACUGUAGCAGGCUAGCCGCUGACUUCCCAGACCAGUUCUCCACGCUACUCACGGACAUAGCCACCAAGGAGACGGCUUGGAAGGAGUGGUAUGACCUGGACAUGCCAGAGGCGACCGAGCUCCCUGCUGGCUACGACAAGACACUGACCUCCUUCCAGAAGCUGGUCCUUUUGAGAUGCUUCCGCGUGGACAGGAUCUACAGGGCCAUCAUGGAGUGA